CAAGGAGCGUCACUACAACUCCCGGCAUGCCUCUCUUCGCCUGAUAAGACGUUCAGGCAGGGGAAUCCCCAGGCCGCUGAAAUUCCCCUUCAUGGCAUCCUCGGCCGGGCCGGCCGCUUGAGUUCCGUCGGUCCCCGGGGGGGCUUCUGGGCCCGGCCUCCGCGAUGGCUCCGCUGCCCGUAGCGGGGGCGCUUGUGUAGGCCCAUCCCGAGCCAUGGCCUUCGUGCAGGGGCAGCCCGGCCAGGGCGGCCCCGGGGAGCCCAAGCGGCUGGAGACUGGGGGCGAGGAGUGGUGCGACAGCGGCCUGGGCUCGCUCAGCGAAGGGCAGCUGGUCCAGCUCCAGGAGGAUGGAGGCCUGGGGGGCCGUGGAGACGCCGAGGGGGGGUCUGGGGUCUGCCCGGUGACCUCUGACCCCAGAGCCCCCCAGAAGUCCUUGGAGGAGGAGGAGGAGGAAGAGGAAGAGGGGCGCCUGGACUCGGCCCUGGGGGGCGACGAGGGGGUGGGCGACCUGGUGGAAGGGGUGGGGGGCGUCCACCUCCAGAGCCAGGUGGCCCCCGAGGCUUGGCUGAGACACGUCCUGGGCUUCGUCACUGAGGAUGGAGACACAGCUCUUCACCUGGCCGUGAUCCAUGAACACGAAGCUUUCCUGGACUCUAUUCUGCAAUACACCCAUGGAACAGAUUACCUGGAUAUUCAGAACGACCUUGGCCAGACCGCGCUACACAUCGCCGUCAUUCUCGGGGCAUCCAGCUUUGUUGGCAAACUUGUGUCGGCAGGAGCCGGGCUAGGCGUUCAAGAGAAAGGAGGCCACACAGCCCUGCACUUAGCGUGCCGAGAGGGAUGGCGGGAUUGCGCUGAACAGCUUCUGGCGCCGCUCGCCAACCAAAGGCUCGGUCAGGGCAACCGUUUCCAGGGCCAACUGGAUCGCGCCAAUUACGAUGGUUACAUCCCCCUGCAUGUGGCCAUUCUACAGAAAGAUUUGGACAUGGUCAGCCUCUUAAUCUCUGCAGGAUCUGAUCUCAACAGGCAGGAGCUAAGUUGUGGCCGGAGCCCCCUCCACCUGGCGGUGGAAUCCCAGAGCCCUGAAAUAGUGGAAUACCUCUUGCGUGCCGGAGCUGACACAGAGGCACGCAUGUAUGUGGGCUACACGCCCAUGUACAGCGCCAUGCACCGGCUUGACCAAAAAAUCCCACAGCUCUUACGGGAAUUUGGCUGCGAGGAGCCGGAGUGGGAUUCCGAAGAAAGUGUGGACAGUAACAGCGAGGAAGAAUACGACGACAUCGUGAUCAACUGUGGCCACUAGAAGGGAGCCCGAAAGAGCCCUUUUGCCCCACGCUGGACUCCACUAAAAGUGCCCCAGGGUGGCAGCUGGCUAUGAUCUCUGUAGCAAAUUGCAUCUUCACUGUGAGCUAGAUGUGAAACUUAUUUAUAAAGGCCGGGACGAAAGGGUUAGCAGCCUCGCCUGGCCCGGAGGCCUCUUUCCCCAGGGGCCCCCAUUCCGAUGUGUACCCUCCGUUAUUUUGUCCUUCAGAAAUUGAUGUCUCAUCUCCGAUGUCUCUCUCUUUGCCUGCCUUGAUGUCUCAGAAUCAGUAGGUUCGGGUUUCCUUCGUUAUUAGCCGGUGGCCGGCGUGUGUCCCAAGCAGAGCCUAGUUGCGAAAAGGCCUCCUCUUGUCCAUCUCUUCCUGGAUCACACACACCCCUCCCCGACCUUCCUGGGGAUGCUCACGGUCAGAUUCGGCUUUCCCUUCCUCCUUAAUGUCUGUGAAUCUUGUUCUGGAGAGCUAGAGGGUCUGAGGACCUUAGAUGGGCUCCUCCUGCCUUGUCGUCGUGGAUUUGCCAGGCGCGAACAGCCAGAUUUCCCGGUUGAAGAGUUCAAUCAGCUACUUCAUUGCUGGUGUCUAGAAUACAGGAAUCUGCCCAGAUUGCCAGUUUGCGCCUGGGUCAGAUGCGGUAAGGUUCAACCGCAUUCAAGGUCAGGCGUCGCCCUUUUGUGCCUACGUAGAGAUUCCAGACUAGUUCCCCGCUUGACUCCUCCCCCUCGCUCGGCCAAUGUCUUUCCGACGAGAAUAAGGUCUUGGCACCACGGAAAGUUUUUCCUCUUCGCGGCUUGGUUUUCAACACAACCGUCACCCCAACCGGCGUGAGAUUUUUGCGGGCGAGCUGUAACCCUAAAUAUUUGGACCAAUUUUUAUCCGGGGCUUCGCAAAAUACCACCUUUGGAGGGGGGGUCUCAUAGCAAUUAGGGGGUGGUGGUUUAGUUGGGAGGGGGAGAUCUCUUCUGAAAUAAAAGCGGGAUUUAGGAAGAAGAAAUUUUAUUUUUUCUUUCCUUCUUCUGGAAUUGUAAAAAAAAAAAGGAGUUUGUGGAUUGUAAAAAGAAAGUGGAAAAGUGAAGCACACUCCGUUUAGACGAGCAGUAAUUCUGUCAGGCCCUGAUGAAGGGAUGGUCUCAACUCACCUUGUCUGGAAGGGCGGCAUCAUUAUUGCCCGAAGCCCCCCACCCCCAAAUACCCCCUUGUUGGGCAGUUCAGAAACGAGCCCUGAAAAAACUUCCCGCUAAAUUCCAAGGGAAGUGAAUCCUUUUGGCCAAUCCUGCCUGUUGUUCCCACUCCGGCUUUAUUUCUAAAUCUGGGGAAUAACUUGGGAAGGGCGGAUUGCAGUCCCGUCUCUCUCCAGUAUCUGACAAGCCGCUGGGAAAUAAUUUGUCCCCAAAAGGUGACCGUGGACGGCAUCACCGCGAAGGAAAAGAUGCCAGUGCAAAUUAGCGAUGGUUAGGAUGGGUCUAGCACACUGUUUCCCAACCUCGUCCACUUGAAGAUGUCCGGAUUUCAACAAGCUGGCUGGGGAAUUCUGGGUGUUGCAGUCCGGACAUCUUCUCAAGUGGGCAAGGUUGGGAAACACUGUGCUAGCCGCUAGGAUUCGAUGGAAGAAAACAGAAUUGGAACCCAGAACCUGCUUGGAACUGGUGUUUAACAAUAACUGGGGGGGGGGGGAGGAGGCUGGAGGUUCCCCGCUGUCUCCGGAGCGUAAUACCCCCUGCAGGAGUGUCUCUUUAAAAUAACACACAUACACACCCCACCGGUAUGCCUGUAACAAAGAGGAAAGAAUUGUGGGUUUACCAGGCUUUUGAACUCUGCUCUGCCUUGCCGUGUUCCUAGUCCCCCUUUCCACGGACGCUGAGUGUUUUGAAGUUCCAGUGUGGUUUCCUGUGACCUGCAUUUAUGACUCGAUUCGGUCUCUCUCUCUCUCUGCUUUUUCCCCCCACCCCUCCUUCUGGCUCUUCUCUGUCGAUUGUAUUCUGUAGGUCUUCCCGAGCAGACAGAUUAAACUUUACGGAUACGGUG